GCACUUCAGCAUAUGACCCCGCUUCGCUUACAUUGUCAUUGCCAAAUCAUGCUUCUCGCCUUUGUCGUGUAUUCUUCUCUUCACCUGCACCUGUUCUGUAUUUUUUGUCGUGAAGGAGUUGAUCGUUAGUGUCUCGUUUUAGAUCCCAGUUUGUUUGGGCUGGAGCGGUUGUUGAGGAUGGAAUGGGUAGGGGUGCGACAGGAAUGGGAUCGUGGUGUGAAACUGCGCCGCCUCAGAUGAUCACUGUCGAGCGGUGCUCUCCUAGGCAGAAGACGAUGGAGACUAUCUUGGAGAGGAUGGCUGCGUUGGGUGCGAUGGUGGAGACCGCUCCACCCCGAGUUAUUGUUGUUGAGAAGAGCUUGUCCAAGAAGCGGGGCUCAUUGGACACAAUAGCCGAGGAGAGCAUAUCCAUGGCCGUGGAUUUGGCUAACGGGGCCGCGGUGGCUGUGAGACCUUUCACCCGGAAGGUGGAGAAUUCGUCGAGCAUUGGGUCUCUCCCUCAAAGAAUUACGCCAGGUUUUGUUGCUUGCAACUAAAUCGAGCAGUUCCAGAAAAUCAGUUGAUCGGAAGUCGAGUUUUUGAGAUAGUGAUCAACGUGUUCGGUUUGAAGCCGACGGCGCGCGUAUUUGGUGGUAAUGUCUCGUCGCUGCUUCAUCUUUCAUGCGCUCAACAGCUCGUCAGCCUAGCGCCUGGAGGACUGGACGCUACCUCAUGCGAUGCCAUGGAAAUCCGGAGGAAUAUUUGCAAGUGAAGCGUCCUUGCAUGUCCGUUAGAGUAAGACUCAUAAGAAGUAGAAGUUGGCUGCGGUGGUCUUCUUGGCUGUAGAAGCCGGCUGCGGUAGAUUAGUGUUAUUGAGAAGGGUACUCACCCUUGCGACGGGUGACCCUGAGGUGUACUAUAGAGAGCCUGGUGAUUUUUAAAUCACCUUGUACUUCAUGAGAGCUGCUCUCUCUCUUUAAUCAAAACAAAAUUUGUGCUUAUUUUUA